GAAUGCUUUUUAAGGGAGGUAUCAUGUUCUUAGUUAUUGGAAACAACAUAAAUUCUAAUGAACUUUAAAUUUUAAUUUUUUUUGGCUCAAAAGUUGGAGGAGGCAGCUGCCUCCUCCGCCUCCAUGUAAUUUACGGCCCUGAAUUCUCUCUAUAUUGAUGUAAUCUUGCAUAACAAAGAUUUUUUUUUUUUUUAGGGAGGAUGUGAAACACUGGAAUUACAAUGCGAUACAUCACGUGGUAAAGUGUUUAGAAAUAGAAUAGAUGCAUGUUCACAAUAAUAAUAUUAUCUAUUCUUGAUCCAUGAGAUGUUUAUUUACAUGUAAUAUCUUCCAGGGUGGUAUAAAGUGUUGGGAAAGUGUCUUCUUAAAAUUCAUCAAAACAAAUCGUGGAAUGAAGCAUCCAAAUAUUGUUCACGAUAUGGGGCAAAACUUGCUGAACCAAAGGGUAUAGAAGUCGGCGCACUGUACAGUGAGAUCGCCAGUAGAGGGACGGACAUAGAAGAAUACUGGAUAGGUUAUAACAGAAUUGGUUACAGUGGUGGUAAGGACACGGUUGGGUACUGGAGUGACGGUAGGGAGGCGUCGUUUGAAGCUGGCGAUUGGGGAAAUUUCCAGCCAGACUGGGGAUGGGGAAGCUGCGUGUAUGUGGACGGAGAGAGGAAAUGGAAAACGAAGUCAUGCGAUGCAUUACUGCCAUCUAUGUGUGAACGACAGGCCUGUCCGAAAGGAACUUUUGGUUGUGCUACAACAGAGAGGUGUGUCGGAGCAGGCAGUCUGUGUAACAGCAUUGAUGACUGCGGGGACUGGUCUGACGAACGAGACUGUGCAACAAAAUGCACUUUCCACCAGUAUGGCAGUGAAGGAGUCAUUCAGAGUUUGAACUAUGGAGUUAACCAAUAUCCAGCCAACACAACAUGUGUCUGGACAAUAGAAGGACCUGUAGGGUCACAGAUACAAGUGCAGGUAACUGAUUUUGUGACGGAAAAGAACAUUGAUUUGCUCGAACUUUGGGAAGGUAGUCUGACUUUAGCUGGGAGUGAUUGUUUGACCAGACUGUCCGGAAACCAACGGCCUGAUGGGAUACUGCUGAGCUCUAAUAACUUCCUGAUAGCAAGGUUUACAGCUGACUCAUCUGUCCAGUACAGAGGAUUCUCUCUCAAGUGGACCAGUGAUUUUCAGUGUCAAAUGAUAUCCUUGCAAAAUACCAGGAAUAAACAGGGCAUGGUUGGGGUAUACAUGAAUUCUACCACUGCCUCGGACUGUCGGACAAUGUGUUCAAAUAGUACUUUGUGUUCAGGGAUCUCCUUCCACAGAGUGACCAGUUCCUGCUUUCUUUUAAAAGAAACACCAUGGACGAUUGUUGACUCGUGCUGUGAUAUGUACAUUAAAACCUGUCCCGUAUCAUCUGGUUUACAGGCUUUAGCAAAUGUGCCAAAUCUCGGAGGAAGAGUCAAAGCUGAGAAAAUAUUUAAGCAGAUUUACACACCCCUGUACCCACUGAAAUAUCCUGGUGGACUGGAGAUUGCUUGGAUCAUCCAAUCACAGGGCUUGUCUGUCAUUACUCUACAGGUCAUCGACAUUGAACUUUGUGGAUCAGAUUUUAUCACUGUUAAAGAUGGUGAUAACCCCCUAGCAAUCACUUUAUUGACCUUGACCUCAUCUAGUGUCUCUGGUGUUACGACCAUAUCAACAGGCAACAAAGUGUACAUUUACAUGAAACUGGGUGAACAUUUGAAAUGUAGAGGCAUCCAUUUGCAGUACAAGAGAGGAUGUGACCUAAUCUUGAACCUGAACACAGAAACACUGUUCAGUCCUGGUUAUGGUGUGAGGAAUUACCCAUCAGUCCUCCAGUGUUCUUGGCUAAUACAAAGUGAAAAUGGCCAGCCACUUCUUCUAAAGUUCGAAGAUUUUAGACUUCAGGAGAACUUGGACUAUGUUAAGGUGUAUCUUGGUAACAAUACCUUAUCCCCUCCUGUACACUCGGGGUCGGGUUUUACGGGGAGUGUUAUUCCAUCACAAGUCAUAUCAAAAGUUGGAACUAUGUUUGUUACCAUGUCAACGAGUGCAACAGGAACUGCAAAAGGUUUCCAUGCAUCUUUCACUGCAGGUUGUAAGAACCUGGACUCCUCGUCAGUGUCAGCCAGUCCAGGAAUCUCGGAGAUCUUUCCUGAGGCUGUGGUCUCUGUACAGUGCAGGGCUGGGUAUUAUCUACAGGAGCCCUACACAGGACAGGGCCAGAUCACACUGAGGUGUAAGGAGGGCGGAUCUUAUGACAAAGUCGUCCCUGUCUGUGCACGGGCAUUUUGUGGUCCUGCACCAAUUGUGACCAAUGCUUACCUUGUGAACAGUUCUGGAGUAUAUGGAGGGGAAGGAGUGACAUAUUACUGUAGGAACGGACACUCCACUGUUGACACUCUCAGCGUUGUGUGUCUGAGUAAUGGAGUCUGGGAAACUCCUCCCACAUGUCUAGCACCCUCCUGUCCGUCCGUCCCAGUGUCUGUGUUCAGAGGAAAGAGGAGUAUCCUCACUGGCGACGGAGUCGGUCACGGCUCAGUGAUUAGCUAUUCCUGUGACCCUGAUUAUGAGAUACAAGGACAGCCUGUCAUCAUGUGUGAUAAUGGUGCCUGGUCUCAUAGCCCGCCCACCUGUCAAAAAAUUUCUUGUCUUUCAUCUCCUGUGAAUAAUGGGAAUAUUGACAAAUCUGGCAAUGUUGGUCAAGGGGAGGCGAUUCAUGUAACCUGCAAUUCAGGGUUUGAAAUAAAUGGAAGAACAGAAUACAAAUGUGGUAUAGAAGACCCUCCACUGUGUAUAAAUAUUGAUGAAUGCAGCAUUUCAAAUGGAACAGUCUGUGACCAAAUUUGUGCUGACACGGUAGGGGGAUAUGUGUGCUCCUGUAAUGAGGGAUACAAACUCACUGGGAGCAGCAAUAACAAAUGUGAAAAUAUCAACGAGUGCCUUGAGGGUAACGGUUUCUGUGACAGUGAAUGCGUGGAUACUCAGGGCUCAUUCUACUGUACGUGUCCACCAGAUCAGGAACUGUACACCUUCAAUGGACAGAAUGACCUGGUCCUCCCAGCCAUGGAGACGGGGCUGGAACCUUAUCACCGCUACCACAUAAAUCACUCCUGUGUGGCUAUUGAAUGUUCUCCUCCAGCCUAUGCCAUUCAGAAUGGUUUAGCCUUGACCUUGGAGACGAAGUUUUUCUACAGAGAUGUGGUCACAUAUAUGUGUAACCUUGGAUAUGUGAUCAAUGGAACAGGACUGGCCACUCACAAUAUUACCUGUCAGAUGAAUGGCACCUGGUCAGAGUUAGAACCUACUUGUGAAAUUGUGAGAUGCCCCUUAGAUGUGGCCAGUGAUCCUGGUGUUCUCCCCAACACCUCAGUGACCUAUGGACAGUUUUUUCAUCUUUCAUGUGACAUGCCGGAUAAAAGCAUUGUGUCGAGGAGACGGCAGUGUACCUACAAUGUCAAUGCAGGGCGAUAUCAGACCGAGGGGGAUCCUCUGAAUUGUCCUCAUGUAAAUUGUGGAACUCCUCCGACGGUAAAGGGAGCUAACCCUUACUUAUACAGCUGCACACUGUAUGGCUGUACCUUUGAGUUUACAUGUCGCUCAGUGUAUACAAGGGCAGGAAACACCUCACAGGGAGGGACAGUGGUCAGCUGUGGAGCUGAUGGACGCUGGGACUUUGGUGACCUUCACUGCACCAAUGGUGUUUGUCCUGAUCCUGGGUACCCCCCAGGGGGUUACUCCUACUCGGCGUCUUAUGAAGAAGAUGGUCUAAUGUAUUACUUAUGUCAGAGAACAGGAUACAGAGCCAAGGACCUCUACCCUAUCCUGUGUACUGAGGUCAACGGUCAACUGCAGUGGAACUCCACCGAUGUCAAUGUCACUCAUGAAUGCAUAGAUGUUCAGAAGCCAGUGAUGACCAACUGUCCAUCUCUGGACAUCACAGUGACCAGAUAUGAGGCGGCAAACACUGCCUGCAUUCCUGUCUUCAUGGAUAACAGUGGGAUUGUAAAUAGAGUUUUGGUGACUCCAUUUAAUUAUCAUCCCAAUCAUGUGAUUGCACAGGAGACAUUCGUGACUUAUUCAGCUUUUGACCUUGAGCAAAACAGUAUUUCUUGCUCCUUUUUGAUAAAGGUCAAAGAUGAGCUUCCUCCUUUGCUGUCUUGUAAACCCUCGAGGACUGUUCUGAUUCCUGAUGAGACUACCAUGAUGACCAUUGACCCCCUGGACUUCAUCAGCAGUGUGGAACAAGGGGCCACGACAUCCUCUGACACGGGGACACUGAGACUGACCAAGUCGGACAUCAACACAGUCAGGACCACCAGGAUUACAGCCACGGACUCUUCAGGAAAUGUAGCCCACUGUUCCAUCCAGAUCAAGGUUGAAUCAUCAAAAUGCCAGGCCUGGUCCCUCUCUAUAUCCCAUGGUCAGAAGAAAUGCUCCCAGAGGUCAGGGAAUGCUGGGAUUGACUGUGUGUUUACCUGUGACUCUGGGUAUGUCUUUGCAGAGGAUAUGAAUAAGAAGUCUAUCACAGUGUCAUGUGUUAGUGGUGGAGACUGGGACCGAGCGACUCCCUCCUGUCAGGAGUUUACCAGUACAAUCUAUAGACAGAGCUUCCUCCUACAGUACACAACAGGACCACUGGUGGACACGUCCUGUUUGUCAGUGUACCGGUCUCAGCUGAACACUCAGUGGGACAUGCUCACCUCCAAGUUACAGACGCUCUGUCAGACAGGGUCCACCUACACUGUCAGUAUCAUCACCCCUCAGGACAAUAAUUACCCACGAUUUCAAGUCAUCUACAAUCAGGAGUCCUCGCCAAAUUUUGUUUAUGUCACCAUAAACAUUGAAAUUGCUCCAGUGGGAUUGCUAGACUUGGCCUACAGUUCGUGUGCCCAGAAGAUAGAGAAUGCAUUCAUGACGCAGAGUAGCUUUGUGGGUUCAGUAUAUCAGCUGUAUCAGUCCGGUUCAUGCCCCGCCUCCACCAACCAGCAGUUUGUGAGAACUGAUUUCUCGAACUUCGUGUGUACUGGUUACCAGGGGACACAGAGGAACGAUACUGAGGGCAGGACUUACUGUGUGACCUGUCCUUUAGGCCAUUACACCAAGGAUAAGAGGACAUGUGCCCCCUGCCCAGCUGGAACAUACCUGGAUAGGGGCAAUUUUGACAACUGCUUCAGUUGCCCAAACAACACUAAUAGUAGGAGGACUGGUCUGCCACGUCAAGAAGACUGCUAUUUAAGCUGUCCGCCUGGUUUUGUGUCCAGUAGUGGAGAAGCCCCCUGUUCAGAGUGUGGAGUAAAUACCUACUCCUCCAAUGGUCUGUCGUGUACCACCUGCCCCAGUAACACGCUGGCAGCUAAAACUGGCUCAGCUUCCAUCACAGAAUGUUUAGACUACUGUUCAGCAGGCCACUACUCCCCCAGUGGGGCGAAUCCCUGCAGACCCUGCCCCAAGCAUUACUACCAACCCUCCAGGGGGGCCACAUCUUGUAUUGAGUGUGGGUCAUAUCAGGUCACUCAGAACACCACACAGACCUCUUCACUCAGCUGUGUUGAUGGAAUGAGUGUCCUAUGUCAGCCCAACCCCUGUCAGAAUGGUGGAGCGUGUGCAGUCUUCAGACAUGACUUGUUCUGCACCUGUCCUCAGUACUACACUGGGAGGAAUUGUGAAACCUUUGUCAACCCGUGCUCCUCUACACCUUGUCACAACAAUGGACUCUGCUCGUUCAACUCAUCAUCUGCUGAUGGAUACACUUGUGCUUGCCAGACACGACACAGUGGCCCUAGAUGUGAAGAGGAUUUGAAUGACUGCAAUUUUGAUCCCCCGUUUGUCCCCUGUCAGAAUGGGGGCCAGUGUAGGGAUCACAAUGGUGGAUAUCAGUGUUUCUGCCCCUCCUACACAGGGUACACAGGAACAAGAUGUACAGUACCCAAGGAGCCAUGUACCGGUGACCUCUGUAAGAAUGGGGGAACUUGUGUCGCUGGAGGAGUGAUCAGACACAAGUGUGUGUGUCUGCCUGGAUAUACAGGGGAAGACUGCAGCAUAGAUACAGACGAGUGUAAUAGUAACCCCUGCUUGAAUGGCGGGUCUUGUGUGGACAGAGUGAAUGGGUUCUCCUGUAGCUGUGUGACUGGAUACACCGGGGAUUUCUGCCAGAUCCGAUCCAGGGAAGCAGUGUGUUCCCCCUCAGUCUGCAUGGGAGGGAUGUGUGUGGACGAUUACCUGACUAACACUGCUAUUUGUGUCUGUAAUGGGGGAUAUAGACUAAAUCAGACCCAGUGUGAGCUGUUAAACUAUUGUUCCGUAAAUCCAUGUGAAAAUGGGGGUCAGUGUGUCCCCCAGUAUGCUGGCUACGUGUGUGCCUGUCUUCCUGGUUAUGGUGGAUCCACCUGCCAGUUUGAUGUGGAUGACUGUGCCAGUCAUCCAUGUAAAAAUGGAGGGCAGUGCUUAGAUCAGGUCAAUGGGUAUAGGUGCAACUGCACCCUGCCAGGAACUGGAGGUUUGAAUUGCGGAGACGCUAGGAAUGACUGCUCACUAAACCCCUGUAAUGCCAGCCAUUCUGAUUACUGCGUGGAUCUGGUGAAUGAUUACUACUGCCAGUGUCAUGUGGGGUACAGAGGAAAGAACUGUGAUUUAGGAGAUGUUGAUUGCCAGAGUUUUCCCUGCCAACAUGGUGGCACCUGUAGAUCGUUAUAUGGUUCUUUUAACUGUACCUGUCUGUCAGGUUGGGAGGGAGACCGGUGUGAAAGGGCGGUAGACAGGUGUUCAUCUUCUCCUUGUCAGAAUGGGGGACAGUGUGUCAAUACAGUAGAUCAACAUAUCUGCAUAUGUCCAAGUGAUUACCGUGGUGAUAACUGUGAAGUGACCUAUGACCUCUGUACUUUAGCCAAUCCUUGUGUAGGUCCAGGAAGUAAUUGUGUUGUGACCAAUGGGACUCUACAGUGUCAUUGCUCUCCAGGUUAUUCGGGGUCAGGCUGUCAGCUGCUUCUGAAUUCCUGUGAGAACACCACAUGUCUUAAUGGCGGAUCCUGUCAGAAGUCUGAUGGACAAGUCAGGUGUACCUGCAUUCCAGGUUAUACAGGCUCCCAAUGUGAAACUAACAUAGACGAGUGUGUCACUGCAAUGUGUCCAGCAAACUCACAGUGUGUGGACGGAAUCAACUCUGCCUCCUGUGUCUGCAGUGAGGCCAAAAUUGGAGAAAUGUGUAACAAAAAUGUAACACACACUUUUGACCUGGUCAUUGAACCGAACACUGACUGUGGUGCUAGAGAGGAAGUUAAACCAGAAUCUUCUUUAUUCUCUCUGAAUUCAAAUAAAUUCUCUAUCUCGCUGUGGCUUCGAUACACAGAUAAAUCCAGACCAGGAUCAAUUCUCUCAUUGUAUACUCUCCAGGAUAGAGAAUCAUCACCAGUUGAGUUUAUUGAGAUCAGAUCCAGUGGCACAGCUAUAUCUGUCGAAUUCACUGCUGUUUACCUAUCUCAUGCAUCUAAGAAUAUUAUGGAUGGAUUAUGGCAUCAUGUGGCAAUAUCUUGGACUGCUUUGGGUGGAUCAGAUACAACCAACCAGAAGGGUGUGGUCACUGUUUACAUUGAUAAUCAAGUGGUGGCUAAACAGGAAAAUUUUGCCACAGGAAAACAGCUCCCACCAUGGGGCUGGCUUGUGUUGGGAGGAAGAUUUGACCAUUCCAGCAACACUUUCUCCAGAGAGAAUGCUUUCAUUGGUCGUAUGAGUCAGCUGCACCUGACAAAGUCGGAACUAAGCACAGAGAUUUUUAGUUUAUACAGUAACAUAGGCUAUGUACCAAGUCAGCUGAUUCAAAAACCCAUCAUUGACAUCAUAGAAAAUGGCAGAACUUUUGUCGACUACCAGAGUCAGUUACUUACGUCAGUAUGCAGGGGACCUGGCAGUUGUGUCAAGGAAUUUGAUGCUUCUCGCUACCUGUCUGUAAUGAAGUGUCCGGAAGAUCAGCUAAUUGUAACAGAAAGGUCGGCUUUACUUACAUGGGCAGAGGCCUCCUUUACAAAUGCUACGCAGACCAAGUCCACUCACCAAUCAGGAGCUGAGAGGCUACCCUGGGGAUUCUAUGAGGUUUCGUCUGCAGCAUUUGAUGCUAGUGGAAAUGCUGCUGUCUGCUCGUUCGUUCUAUAUAAUCGCAGAGUUACAUUUGCGGAUGUUCUGCCCAAUGCUCCGUACAAGGGAGCUAAAUCUUGCACUUUGUUGAGCGCUGGAGAGAGAUGUUCUGCUGUGUGUCUAUUAACUGACCAUAAGACCAGUAAACCUGGACCUAAAUACUACAGCUGUAGCAUGUAUAACUUGUUCGAUUCAGUCAGCCGUCUACACCCAUUUGUUUUGCCUCCCUGCUCUGCCUCCACCAGCAGACUGAUAGAUCUGACAUUGACGGUAGAGUUAGUGCUGACUGGGGAGUGUCUCCAGACCCGAGAGAGUGUGGUUGCUCUGGCUCAGUCCCGCCUCUCGACGGUCAGUGCACUCUGGCAGAGGGGGUUGUGUGGCUACGGAGUGUGUUCUAAUGUUACUGUCACCUGUCUGUCUGAAUCAACAGGUGCCCCAUAUCUCACAGCAGUAUUCCCAUCGAUCAGGGAAUAUUUAACAAAUGAACAGUUAGUAACCAUGCAUGUUAAUGACAUCCUGGUAACUGAAUUUGCAGACAAACACACAUUUGACUUUCAGACUUCCAUGCCAGUCCUGUCCUCCUUACAAUUUGACUUUGUACCUGUUUGUACUAAUGGACAUGAGCUGGUGGGAAACUUCUGUGUUCAGUGCAGUGUGGGGACUUUCUAUAACACGUCCAGUAGGCUCUGUCAGCCCUGUCCGGUAGGGCAGUACCAGGACCAGGAGGGACAGUACUCCUGCAAAUCCUGUCCCACUUCACCCCGGAAGACCACCACGUACCAACCUGGGGCUGAUGGGGUCCUCAUUUGUAAAGGUACCUGUGCCAGUGGCACUUUCUACAAUCUGAGCACCAGUAUCUGCCAGCAGUGUCCGUUAGGCUAUUACCAGGAAAAUGCCGGGAACUUCCACUGCCUUCCAUGUGAUGUUGAUAAAACUACAGCAUAUGCAGGUUCCAAACUACAGUCUUUGUGUGUGGCAUAUCCCAAGGCCAUUACAACUGCAGAAACACCAAAUGUAGGACAGAGCACUGAUAUGGAGGAAGGGUUCUCGGCAGCAGUUAUCAUCGCCAUUAUCAUCGGCAUUCUCAUCUUCAUCCUUGCAUUUGUUGUCUUGUUUCUUUUCUUUUGCAAAGAUAAAGUGCCUUGUUUUGGUCUAAAUGAAGUCAUACCAGAAGGAACAACACCAUGGAAAUAUGUCAACAGAUAUGGAGAAACCAAUUUAAAGUUUGUAAAUUACCAACUGGAGGAUGUGAGGAGACGUAAGCAGCAUAAACAAGGGGAGCAUCGACCAAGUAAAUUGGCUGGUCCAUAUGAACCAGGGGUGGCUCUAGGGUACAACACAGAGGACUCUAUCAACUUCAAGGAUGCUCCUGACACUUUAACACCAAGACAUUUACCACCUCUGUCACAUACAGUUGAGAAUUAUGAGAAACCUAAAAAGAGAAAGAAAAAGAAGAGGAAGAAUGCAUCACCCGACAGAGAACCUAGGUCACUGCCACCGCUGAUGGGGUCAGGGUUCAAAUCUUCAGCACCACCAAGUGAGAGUGGCUCACACAAACGAGGAGGAGAUAACCUGUAUAUAGACCCAAUGUAUUCUGAACCUCAGAAUGGACACAUUAAAAUUGAUUCUGACAACGAAGACUUCAGAUGAAAUCAAAGCAUUCAUAGUCAAGAUUAUUCUUUUAGAUUGAAUUUUCCAUGUUAGGCCCAUCUGAACUUAGUUCUUUUUCAUUAACUGAAUGAGGCAGAGUGAAAUAUUUAUGAAUGUACAUGAAAUACUUGUAUGAUCACUAAUUUAGAUUUAUUGAUGCGUUGAGGCAGUUGAAAGAUGUGUAGACCUAUACAGCUUACAUUGAAUUUAGAACGUGCAAUUAAUUUAAACAUAAAGAGGUACAUAUCAAUUCAGCAAUUGAUGAUAAACAUGCACUAGCUUUAAUAAGCUUUUGAAUGCAUAAAAGUGCAGAACUCAGGAGUGUAUGUGCAAACAAAAAAACUACCACACAAACUGGAAAGUUUUGUUAUAUAUCUAUGCAUUCAAGGGUUAUAGGUAAAUGGGGGGGGGGGGGGGGGGACCACUUUGAUUUGUGAGUUUUGUGUUGAUACAUGAAGUUUAUUUUAAGUUUUUACAAUAUGGGAAAGAGUGAAACUGCAUUAAAGUACAUGUCCUAUAAAUUAUAUUCAUUUUAGACGACACAAUGAAUUAGGGGGUGGGGGGUAAUAGUAUGUAUUUGUAAACAUGUUGAUGGUUGGAUGUAUUCAUCAUGUAAUCCAUUAGACUUCGAUAUGCUGCAUGUUAACUGAUGUUACUUGGUAAAUAAAUCUGUCAUAAUUUUGUAUUAAUUGUCCCUAAAUUACAUGUAAAAUAUUUUUCUCAACUACCUAGCCAUAGGUAAGAAGGGGAGACAAUCUUUAUUUGGUCUAUGCUUAACAUAUGCAAAAUACAACUUUUCGAAAAUAUUUUGAUUAGUUUAUAAUUGCCUUUGAGUUUAAUUUGGGGAUGGAGAGGGGGUCAAUCUGUGGUAAUGCUGUAACUGUGAUAAAAUGAUAUUUUGUUUAUAUUCUGUGUACUCUUUGGUGCCAAAUCCCAACUACAGGUUCUCUUGAUUUAAAUAUUUUCUUUUAAUAUAUUGCUCUAUAUAUUAACUGUAAGAAUGAAAAUCAUUGUUUCUCAUGAUUGUUAGAUGCAUAAUUUGAUUCUUACAGAUUUAUAUUUUGAAUUUGAGAUUGAAUUUAUACAUUUGUAUUAAAAGGUGAUUUUGUGCCUGUUUUGUUUAAAAGUUUUCUACCACAAAAUCUGAAAGAGACCCAUUGUCAUGAAUGUACAAUGCAAAAAGCUGUGUCUACUCAAUGGCAGUUCAUAUUUUAUGAAUAAAUGAAGUAUUUUGGCAGCUUUUGCACCACUAACAAUACAGCAACGACUAUUUUUGUUUUCACCUUACAGUAUUUUGUUGGUUUAGUUGUGAUCCACUGUAAAAGAAAUUGUUACUUACAGACUGACAAAAAUGUGUACUGGUAAUUGAAAACUAUUGUCCAGGAAUUAGUUCCAUCAAAUGUCUUCUAAUAUGAAUACAUAUCAAAGAUGCAUUUUGUCUCUUCUGUUUUAAUAUUAGAUUUACAAAUCUUGAGUAAAAUAAAAAAAAUCAAUCGUAA